CUUGCCGGAGACAUUUCCCUAUGCUGAUGCUGUUUCCUCAUUGUAAACCGUUUAUAAGCCAUUGCCAGUUUGAAUGAAGCAUCGCCUGGUUUAAAAUGAACUGCUUUCAUUUGGAUGAUUUUUUAGCUGGAUGGAUUGGUGGGGCCUCCAGUGUUAUUGUGGGACACCCUCUUGACACGGUGAAGACACGACUUCAGGCAGGGAAGGGAUACAAAAACACAUUUCACUGCAUCCUCACUAUCUACCGAAAAGAAACAGUUUCGGGUUUCUUUAAAGGCCUGUCCUUCCCCCUGGCCAGCAUCACCGUCUACAACUCGAUGGUCUUCGGCUUCUUCAGCAACACACAGCGGCUCAUAAGCAAGUAUCGCUAUGGCGACGGCAGGCACCCCUCGGGCAUGCUGGACCUGACCGUGGCCAGUAUGCUGACCGGCCUGGUGUCCGUGGGCCUGGGAGCGCCCGUCGACCUGGUGAAGAUCAGACUGCAAAUGCAGACCCAACCCAAGCCUCUCCUGGCAGAAAACUUCCACCUGGCGGGCAGCGGGAGCGGCAGCGGGAGCAUGCCGGUGCCGGUGUCGGUGCAGCUCCAGGCCCAGCCGGCGUACCGCGGGCCGCUGCACUGCAUCAGCAGCAUCCUGCAGACGGAGGGCGUGGCGGGGCUGUACCGCGGCGCGGGCGCCAUGAUCCUGCGCGACGUGCCCGGCUACACCCUCUACUUCAUCCCCUACUCGCUGCUCUGCCAUUGGUUCAGCCCCGAGGGCAGCGCCUCCGCACACCCCUGCUCCAUCUGGCUGGCCGGAGGACUGGCAGGCUCCAUCUCGUGGGUGACGGCCACUCCUGCUGACGUGGUGAAGAGCCGACUGCAGGCGGACGCCAUGCACCAGAGGAAGUACCGAGGCAUCCUCCACUGUAUCAUGCACAGCUACAAGACUGAGGGAAUACAUGUUUUCUUCCGUGGGGCCACAGUGAAUGCUAUUCGAGGAUUCCCAAUGUCUGCGACCAUGUUUCUCACCUAUGAACUCUCUCUGAAGUUUUUCCGGAGCCUGUAGACUCCCUUCCAAUUUCGUCUUAAUGGAUUUAAACCUUGCUUCGCAACAAUUGCCAUGGUUACUCGUAUCACAAGGUAUUACGAGCUGAAGUCAUAUUAUGGAUUCAAUUAUAGACUGAUAAUUAAUGUUGUGUAUUAAAACAAUAGUAUUUUUAUAAUCACAGGUUCAUUUCUUAUAUUAAGAAAGAUGAUAUGUUUAUAUAUGUACAUAAAUAAAACGUUUUUAAGCAUGUUUUAUAUAUUACCUCACUUAAAUCUUUAUUUGUGGUUUUACUCAAAUGCCCUGCUCUUAGUAUAAGUAUUGAGUCAAUACUAUACUAAUGUUGCAUUGUGUUUUAAGGUUACCAGUAUGUAUGUUAUGGAAAUGUACUGAACGCAAAACAUUUGAGCUAUUUGAUAACAUCAAAUAAGUUACAUUUACAUGUUUUUACUGUUUGCAAAUAACUACCAGCACAAUAAUAAAUCAACUUGAGAUUU